AUGUCCAGUGACGGUGGCGUCGAUGAUGUUCCCCCUUCUGGCAACCUUGAUCCAGAACUUGUGUCACAAUGCUAUUAUCAUGGUUGGCUACCCAGAGAAGAAUUGCCAUAUCUACUACAACAGGACGGCGACUUCCUUGUCAGAAUCAGCGAGGCGGACUCGAGAGGGACAAGAUUGGAAAUGGUUCUAUCCGCAUUACAUGAUCCAGAAGGGCGAUACACACACAGGAGUCCUGUAGAAGAGGAGGCUAUAGUUAAUUUAAUCAUACAAAGUGUACAAGACAAAUAUUACGUGGAUAGUAUCAAGUUAUUUAAUAAAGUGAACGAUUUAAUUAAUUACUUUACAAAGCAUCCAAUUUCUGUUCGAGAUUUAGAAUUGAGGAUUCGUAGAGCUGUUGGUCUUGCAACAUGGGAGUUCCAAGCCGAAGAUAUACAACUCAAAGGGUAUAUAGCUAAAUCUGGUUGCAUUCAAGUACGAAAGGGUUCAUUCAAGCGAGAUGGAUCGUCUAAAGAUGCUGCUAUAACCAUGAUACGUGGAAGAUCACCGUAUGCAAAGCAGACAACACAUGAGUUGAUGCGACAAUGUCGUAUGCUACGAAAACUUCAUCAUCCCUGUGUUGUCGAAUUCUAUGGCGUAUGUCUGGUAUCAUAUCCUUGCUGCUUUUUAUUGGAAUAUGUCUCGGAAGGCCCAUUGAACGAGUACUUGAAGAAAGAUAAAGACUUUUUUAAACCAGAUGAACUGUUACAAAUGGUGAUGAGCGUUGGAUGGGGGCUGGACUAUAUCCACUCGAAUGGAAUUAUUCAUCGCGACUUAUGCGCAAGAAAUUGUUUCUACGACAAGCAGCUGGUAAAAAUAAGUGGGUUUGGUCUUGCGCGGAAGACAUCGACCUAUACAAUGAAGUCUCUAAAGAAAUUGUCAGUGCACUGCAUGGCACCAGAAGCAGUAAAAGAAUUUCGAUUCACACAGAAAUCAGAUAUCUACUCAUAUGGUAUACUUAUAUAUGAGAUAUUCUCUCAAAACGAGUCCUACCACGGAAGUUCCAAUCAGGAAGCCAAAUCUCUGAUAUUGGAAGGAAAAUUGAACGAAUUCCCAUCCAGAACGCCAAAGAGAUUAGCCGAGUAUGUAAGGCACAAAUUGUGGAAUGUUAAUCCCGAAGAGCGACCAUCCAUGGAAAGAGUUAUGCUGUGGUUGUCGAAGUAUACGGGGAUUAAACUGCAAAUAAGUACACUCGGAGUGAUCACAGUUCAGCAGAACUUUGCUGCUCCCGUUCUGGAGGAUGUAGAUUACAAAGGACCACAAGAAGAUGCUGCUUCACACGAUAAAUACCAGUCGCUAGAACGAAACGUUCCUGAAGCAAGGAGAAGUGCAAUAACACACAAACAUCAGUAUCUGAAACUUACUCGUGAUGUUAAAGAAGCGGCACCCAUUCCAAUUCCAAGUCAAGAAGUAAAAAGAGCAAACCCAAGCGGGGCUACAGUACAACUGAGUAAGGCUGCUUCUUCAAAAGUCGUCCAGGCAGACUACGAGAACUUAGAACAAAUAAACAAAGCUGUCGCUUCGAACACACUUUUCCAGAAUGCUGUUCAAGCAGAAUAUGAGAACAUAGGAGCAUUAUUGCAGCAGGAUCCUCAAAAAAUACGAACGCCGCAACUUUUGUCGCCCGAAGCAGCUGCAGAUUUCUCGGCAUCAAAUAUCCCGGCAAGUAAACUUCAAUUCACGAAACUUACCACAGCACAAGCAGCAUUCCAACCGCAGUCCCUAGAACCCCUGCAGAUUCCACAUCAGCAAACACUAAAGAAAGUCGUCACUGCUCAGAUAUUCCAACAACAGCCUCAUGCUUCACCUAAUCCUGCUCAGGAAACCUCUACAGGAUUUGUCGGCACACAACAGUUCCAUGCACAGAUUUCAAGGAACAGAUCAACAAUUCCAGCGCAAGGAAUUCCUUUAAAAUCCUUCAUUAAACAAACACUCCAGCCACAAAUACCGAAGGCUUCACCAAUUACAGCACAAGGAGCCCCUACAAGACUCGUCAAUGCCCAAACGAUGCAGCAGCAAGUUCUGCAGACAUCAAGCCUUCCUACAACACCUCUCACACCGAACACAUUACAAGCCCAAUUACCGAGUGCAUCACCUAUUUCUGGGCAGGGAACUCCAGGAAUCCCUGCGAAAGCUCACACUAACCAACCUUCUCAACCACAAUUUCCCGGUUUUUCGCCAGUUUCCGCUCGAAGAACCCCUACAAGGCCUAUCACUGCACAUGUACCAAUAUUCCAAGCACAAAUUCCAGGAGCAAUUCCAAUGGGAUCUCCUGCUGUACUAGCGUUUCAACCACAAAUGCCAGAUACUUUGCCCGUUCCUGUUCAAACAACAACCGAUGCAGCACAGCCAGGAGUUGUGCCAAUUUCCGCUCAAAGAGCCCCUACAAGUCCUAUUACUACACAUGCACCAACAUUCCAAGCACAAAUUCCUAGAUCUUCAGCAGUUCCUGCGCAAGGAACCGCGACAAAACCUGUCACGGUGCAAGCAUUCCAACCACAAGUACCAAAAAUUUCACCCAUUCUUGCACCACGAACACUGAGGACUCCCACGAAGCUUGUCACCCCACAGGUUUUUCAACAAAAAUCACCACCAACUCCUAACCUGACAAACAAAAUAUCGACUGCAUUAAUUUCUACAAAGGUCCCAGGAAUCCCUGAAGGCGUAGUCUCAUCUGAAAUUCCUCUUGCCAGAACACCACUUUCUCCGGUGACACCGCCGCCCAUAGGACCACCUUGGUCAAGUGGAUUAAGGUAG